AUGGACCAAGGUCUGGUCUCGCCCACGAACGCCGACGGCUUGGGCCGCGCCGCUGCUGCAGCAGCCGCGACGCCCACCACGUCGCGCUCGCGCGCGUCGCUCGGCAGUAAGCUCAGCAUGGCACCGGACGACGUGUUCGCGCGCGAGCCCGAGUGCGGCGUGUGCACCAAGUCGUUCAACAUCCUGCGGCGUCGCCACCACUGCCGUAGCUGCCACAUCGCAGUGUGUAAGGAGUGCGGGCGCAAGGCCAUCGACCGCAAGAAACCCGAGCGCACACGUCCGCAAUGGUACUGUAUGGACUGCCUGGACGACGACGCUACGCUCGAGAUCACGGGCUCGCGACCAACUGUGAGCAAGCGCCGGAGCUUCUCGUCGACCACAUCGUUCGCUCCCAAUAACACGCCGCAAGUGACGAAUGUGUUUUCUUUAUUCUAA